ACCCUGGCCACCCUAUAGCUACGCCACUGCCCCUCCCUCCCUUCCCGCCCCUGGAGUUCGUUCUGUUGACCCCAUCUCUCUCUUCUCCUUCACCGAUGUGACUGCCCCCAUCCGCAGUAGUUGGACGAUUCGAUUUCCUAGGCCGUCUCGCCCGUGACCGAUGGAUGCUUCGCGUUCGUCGGCCGGUUGCGGUGCGGCCGCAUAUGGGCUCCUGGUUACCAAGCUUGCGCGCGGGGGAGGGGGGUUGGCUGGGCCUGUGGUGGAGCCGCGGUAGCGGUGGUCUGCUUCAGGGUCGAGCUCGGCGGCAGCUUGACGGGGCCGCAUGGAUCUGCGUCGGGGCUCCGGGCUCCGGAUCGGCGUGGUCGUUUCCAGCCCGCCCUCCUCCUCCGGUGCCUUGCUGCGGCGUUCCGGGCCAGAUCUCGGAUGGCUUGAGGGGCGGCUUGGAUCGUGGCCCGUGCAGUGCGGCUGCCCUGGGACUGGUCCUGGGCGAGCAUGCACACGACGCAGCUGUUCGGCGAGUGGAGGUGCCACGGGGAGUGCCGCUGCCUUUCCGAGGACAGGGCAACUUCGACGGUGAGCUGGACGCAUGGGCGUCGUUCCUGCCAGGUGGUGUCCUCCUGCGGCGGCGCCGCGAUCACUACGCAGCCGGACUGGAAGGUGACCGGCGAAAGCUUUGCACGACGGAGCCGUCGCGACUGACUUGGACGCCUGACGCCGGCGGCGACGGCCUCGAGGCUCUUGGAGACGCCAGGCCACGCCUGGCCCUCUCCUCGAGCCUCCUGUCGCGCCCGAGUGGAUCUCCCGAGGCAGCCCCAUUCGCCUCCGGGCGCCGCCGGUAAGCAAAGACGUCGUCCGUGGGCUCCCGCCAGGUCAGACCGCUGCGACCAGCCAGACGCGCGGUGGUGAGCUAGUCUAAUAAGAGAUAAGGGUCGUGGCCAUAAAUUUCUAAUAAAUGCAGGAGUUUUUAUG